AUGACGACUGAGCUGGACUGUGAUUGGUCUGCAGCCAGUCUGUGUCUGGGAGGGUCCGACAUCUUUGCCUCCGUCAGAGAGAACAGUCCAACAGGUGAGUUCAUCGCUAACCUGAGCGUCAGCGGAGACCCGCGAGCUUCCACCAUCCGGCUCUGUCUCACCGGGAACAACUCAGACUGGUUCUUCCUAGAGGGACGGACCAUCCGCCUCAACUCCUCCUCCGCCAGAGUCCUGGACCGAGAGGUUCAGGGACCGGUGCUGAUCGCAGAGCUGACAUGUUAUGAGGAUGAUGUCAUACAGAGCCAGUACCGGAUCCUCGUGGAGAUCCUCAACGAAAACGACAACAGACCCAACUUCCUGCCGGAGACGAUUCAGCCGUUCAGCGUCAGCGAGCUGACGGCGGUGAACUCGGUGGUGUUCAGCGUGAAGGCCGUCGAUGCGGACGGAGACAUGAUCAGAUACAUCAUCGACCAAUCAUCACCGGACGCGUCGUUCUUCAGGAUCGAUCUACCAAACAGCGGGAACGUGGUCCUGGAUAAACCUCUGGACUACGAGACCAAAACCCGGUUGCAGCUGCUGAUCCGGGCUGAGGAAGCGAACUCUGUGGAGAAGUUCAACACGACCGCCAACCUGACGGUGAACAUCGAGGACGGAGACGACCAGUACCCUCACUUCCUGCCCUGCACACCUGUCUCUCCAGGUGUUCCUGUGUGCACUAACCCCACCUACACCGCCAACAUCACUGAGACACUGCAGGAGCUGACUCUGCAGUUUUCUCCUGGUCCAAUCAGAGCAGAGGACGGAGACAGAGGACUGGACACUCCUCUGGUCUACAGCAUCCUGUCAGGUGACGAUCAGGGCAGGUUUGACAUUAACGAGCACUCAGGUGAGAUCACGUUAACGAGACGUGUGGACGACCGACACCUGAUGCCCAGCUUCACCCUCAGAGUCAUGGCGGCUCAGCAGGAUGACCCUCUGAAGUACAGCGUGGCGGUGGUUCUGGUCCGGGUUCUCAGUCAGAACCUGUUCCCGCCUCUCUUCAACAGAACCAUGUACAAAGGUUUCAUCAUCCAGAGCUCUAGUCCCGCCUCCAUCAUCUCCACCUACGGGAACCAGGUGCUGCUGGUCCAGGUGUCUGACCGGGACUUCUCUGACGGCCUGAAUCCAAACAUCCGGUACUCCCUCCAUCCUCCAUCAGUCAGUGACGGACUGUACCACGUCACCCAGGGGGGGGUCCUGAUCGCCCGAGCUGAACGACUGCGCGCCUUCGACAGACACAUCCUACAGGUUGUUGCCAGAGAUGAAGAAUCAGGUGAAGAAGUUUCUGCUUCAGUGGACAUCGAAGUUCUUCAGAGAGGACAACCAGUUCCUCGUGGUGCGUUCGCUGAGGAGCAGCUGUUCGGGGAUGUGGACGGUAGGCUGGCCGGAGGAAUCGCUGCCAUGUUCGUGCUGCUGUUUCUUUCGGCUCUUCUGUUUUUCCUCCUUCGAAUCAUCCGGAGACGACGACAACGAGAACCUGAUGAACAAAGAGCCGUAACCCUCGGAAAACAUCCCAGCGUGAGUUUUCUCUGGUUUCACGCGGUGAGCUCCGGCCGGCCCGUGUUCUCCAUGGACGAGAUGUCCUACGACCCCCGAGCUUUCGGGCAGGAAUUUGAGUCUUCGGGCUCAGGAAGUCUCCACGGCAGGCAGGGCGUCUACACCCGCAGACAGUCUCUGCAACCCCCACCUUCAUCAUCAUCAUCAUCAUCGGCCAUCAUCCUCGACCCAGGAAGCAGCUUCAGGUCUCACAUGGAUCCGUUUCCUGCCUCGGAACCACGCCGUCUGUCCGUGGUUAAAGAGGAACCUCAGACUGAAGGUGUGCUCACAGGUGAUCAGCGUGAUGACAUCAGAGCAGUGACAUCACAGACGCUCCACGGCGGCGACGGGAAUACAACCCAAAUAUACGAGAACCCGGUCAGCGUGUUCCUCUGUGAUGUGUUCAGGGUCAGCGUGUUCCUCUGUGAUGUGUUCAGGGUCAGCGUGUUCCUCUGUGAUGUGUUCAGGGUCAGCGUGUUCCUCUGUGAUGUGUUCAGGGUCAGCGUGUUCAUCUGUGAUGUGUUCAGGGUCAGCGUGUUUAUCUGUGAUGUGUUCAGGGUCAGCGUGUUUAUCUGUGAUGUGUUCAGGUUAGUCAACCGGGACCGGGACCGGGACCGGGAUCCAAACCGGGACCUAAACCGUGACCAGGAUCCAAACCGGGACCGGGAUCUAAACCGUGACCAGUAUCCAAACCGGGAUCCCAACCGGGACCAGGAUCCAAACCGGGACCAGGAUCCAAACCGGGACCGGGAUCUAAACCGGGACCGGGAUCAGGUCUGUUCGGGUCUGAUGUUUCAGUUCGUUUGUCUGACUCACAAUUAA